AUGUACCUAUGUACCUUGAUAGUCGCAGCACGGCCUGCCCCGCGUCCACCCUCCAGAAAAUCCACGGACAGGGGAAAUUACCCCACCAUUGUCACUCACCACCUCCUGGAAGAAAAAAAGAAGACGGAAAAAAAAAAGAGUUCCUUGACAAUCAUUCUCCCCCCCUCUCCCCCAUUGAUAGCUAGCGAAAGUCUCGACAGCCUUCUCUGCCUGCCAAACAUGGGACGACCGAAACGCACCGCCCUCCAGGCCGCCGAGGACACCCUGACGCCUCCCGACACCCUCGACAAGAACCAGGCCAUCGUGCGCGUCAUCAAGGCCGAGGGCAACAACCUGUACCUGUGCGAGCUGCCCAACAAGAAGGACCUCGUGCUCGAACUGGCCCAGCGCUUCCGCAACACCAUCUGGAUCAAGCGCGGCGGCUACGUCUUGGCCGAGACAUACGACGAACCCGACGGCCGCCUCAUGGGCGAGAUCGUCAACGUCGUCCGCGACGAGAAGGCCUGGCGCAAGCGGCCCUACUGGCCUAGCGAGUUUGCAAAGACCAACACGUACGACGACAGCGAGGAGUCUGAUUCCAACGUCGGCAAGAUGCCGCCUUCCGAUUCCGAGGACGACUACUGA